AUGCAAUUCCCCACUGCCGCCCUCGCCUUGCUCAGCUUUACUUUCACUGCCUCUGCAGCGGACGAGCAGCUCUGCUUUCCCGCUCCUGGCCAGACCAACAAUGUUCCUCAGUCCAUCACUGAUCUCGAUGGCCAAAUCAAGAUCGACUGGGCCACCAAGCUCUGCGCUCAGAUCGACUACUCGACUGUUGAUGCCCAGUCUUUUACCACUGACAUUGCCGAUGGUGUGAAGGCAACGGAAAACGGAAAGACUUACGGGUUAAACUUGGUUACUGUGGCUGUUCCAAACGAGCAGAAGUGCAUCGACAAUGCUGCGGCUACGCUUGGAGCUGAUGUCUGUCCGAGCGGAGGAGCAUUCAUCAACCUGGACAACAAUGAGGAGGAAUGGUUCUCCAUUGUUGCUCUCGACUAA